CCAUAGCUACUUCUUCUUUUUAGUCAAUUUUCCAUUUUUCCGAGCAGCUGAGAAGUUUUGGUUCACAACAAUGGCAAAGGAGACUGAGGAGCACCCACGUCUCAUCCUGCACAACUUUCUUUCUCCGGGCCUUUGCAAGGAACUGGAGUUCAUACACAAGAGCAAUUGCACGGUCGGAUACAGGCCAAAUGUGUUCUCCACAACUCUUUCUCAUCUAAUUGCUACUAAUUGUGCGCACCUGAUCAUGCCCUUUGUUCCCAUUAGAGAAAAGCUGAGGGAGACAGUGGAAGAGUAUUUUGGAUGCCAGUAUGAGUUGGUCAUCGAAUUCACUGGCCUCAUCAGCUGGACUAAAGCAGCAAAUAUUGGAUGGCACAGUGAUGAUAACAGGCCUUAUCUAAAACAAAGAGAUUUUGCGGCAGUGUGUUAUUUGAAUAGUUACAAUGAGGAUUUUAGAGGAGGACUCUUUCACUUCCAGGAUGGGGAACCAUCAACAAUUGAGCCCAUGGCUGGAGAUGCUGUAAUGUACACAGCAGACAACAGAAACAUACAUUCUGUUGAUGAGAUAAUUGAAGGAGAAAGGAUCACCCUUACCCUGUGGUUCAGUCGGGAUGCAUCUCAUGAUGAAGAUGCAAAACUGAUUUCAUUUCUGUCACAAAAUUCGCUCAACUCAUAUUUACCUCAGCCAGCAUCCAAUAACAUGUACUGGUUUCCUCCUGAUGAAGCUUUGAAGUUUCAAUCUGGAUUCGACAUACGUUGUGCAAGAUUGCAUAUGCUUGGAUUGGAUCUUUAUUCUCCUUGUGAGAAGAUAUGUCCUUCAGCAGUGAAUUCAUCAUACAACUUGCUAGAGUUGCUGAUGGGGCCAUUACAAAUAGUGAGGGGAGUUGAGUUGUUUGACAGGGAGUUUGUCAACGUAAUGCAUGUCCUUCAGGUGGCGCAGUUGUACUCUUGGAAGUGGUCGACUUUGAAGGCAACAGAAGUCAAAGAAGUCUCAGCGGACAUUAAACCAAUCUCCCAAGCACAACGGGAGGACAUUAAUUGUCUAAAAUCAGUGGUUCUGCAAGAUCUUCAACAGGCAGAGACCUUUAACAAAGACCUGAAUUGUGGAAAGAAAGUGCAAUAUCUAUUUGACUGGGGUAGUUUUUCUGCGGCUGUUGUUGAGUGGGAAGCUUAUUCUUGUAAUUUGCAUAAAGAAAUGGUUACGAACUUUCCACUCUGGAGAAAGCAUGGAUCCAUCUUUUCUUGUCCUCUGGAUGAUUCUGCUGAAACACUCUGAAACGUUCACUCCCAUGCGCUAUUUGUUUGUCUUCAAAAGUAUUAAGAGCAUCCUGUCAGUAAAAUUUUUACACCAGUAGAUCUAGAGGCGACCGAUAAGGGAGCACACAUGCCUAUGAAUAUGGGCUGCAUUCUGCCUUUAUGGUUGGCCUUGGUACUAGUUUGUGUUUUUAACAGGGUUAAACUUCCAGCAAGAAAAGGUCCCAUUGGACAGCAAGUUUUUGGAUUGGACCUUGAAAUCUUUGCUAAAAUGGUCAUGUAUUAGUGAAUUUCAGUUUCUUAUAAAGAAUAAAGAUAAAAA